GGACAGCGCAGGGCCCCUCGCGGCACCAACCCACGAGGAAGAACCCCAUCCCGCCCCGCCGGGCCACCGGCGCGGCCCGGUUUAAUCGUGACCCAGGGGAGAAGCCCCCAACAGCGCCCCACCCGCCACCAUCAGCGCCCGCGGCGCUCCGCAUGACGCCAUCUCCGGAGAAGGCUCGGAUUGGUCCGUGCGGCCUGGUUGCGGACGUAGCCGCCUGUGAUUGGCCGGCGGCCCUGGCGCGAACAUGGCGGAGCCACAGCGGGGCUGCGUGCGGCGGUACCGCUUCAUUGAGGGACCGGCUACGCUGGUGCUACGCAUCCCCGAGGUACCGCCUCGGGAGGGAGCGGGAGGGAUGGCAGAGAAGGAGGGACCCCCCCUUGCCAGCGCCCCUCACGGUGUGUUUCAGAUGCUGCACUCGCAGUAUGGCAUGUACGUGUGGCCCUGCGCCGUGGUCCUGGCCCAGUACCUCUGGGCGCACCGGGGAAGUCUGCCCGGCAAGCGAGUGCUGGAGAUCGGUGCGGGUGUGAGCCUUCCCGGGGUGCUGGCAGCCAAGUGCGGUGCUAAGGUGACCCUGUCCGACAGCGAGGAGCUGCCCCAGUGCCUACAGAACUGCCGGAGGAGCUGCCUGCUGAACCACCUGCCCCACAUACCUGUCAUAGGGCUCACCUGGGGGCAGCUGUCUCCAGAGCUGCUCGCCCUUGCACCUGUAGACAUCAUUUUAGGAUCUGACGUCUUUUUUGACCCCAAAGAUUUUGAAGAUAUUUUAACAACUAUUUACUUCCUGCUGGAGAAGAAUCCACAGGCUCAGUUCUGGACUACUUAUCAAGUCCGAAGUGCUGACUGGUCUAUUGAAGCUCUGCUCUGCAAGUGGAAGCUGAAAAGCACCCACAUUCCCUUACACUCCUUUGGUGCAGACAAGGAGCACUUGGCCAGCUCCUCUCUACCAGGAAGACACACAAUUGAAAUGAUGAUCAUCUCACUAGCACAACCAGGUGGUACUUGACUUUAUUCUCCUUGCUGGUUCCAAUACAAGGCUUCACUGUUGCCUGCAGAAGAGUUCUGUUUACAGCACACCUGUCAUUGUGUGGGAAUUGACUCCCCUUAGCAGCACCUCACACCACAUGCACUGUAUGAAUAAAGCUGCUCAUUGCUCAGCUCUGGCUUUUGGGAAUUUGUGUUCCUCCCCAGAGACCACAGAAUAGUUCAAAGACUACAUCCCAGCAUGUAACCCACUGCAGUUUAACAGCCUGACAAUCCAAAAGAUAGAACUGAAAUUCACAACUUAGCUUUGAAGAGAACUACACUCUUCCAAGGUAAGAUACCUGCAAGAUGCAUUUCCCAGACUGAAGCUCUUCCCCAAAGAUUCAUACUCCCAAAGAAG